UUGACAACAAAGGUCUGCUUCCCCCAAAUUUCCGCCGGAGGUGGCGCAUGCGCACUGAGGAGAUCUGUUGCGAGACGAAGUUAUGGCCGUCGCUAUGCAGACCGAAGAUUUUACCUUCCUACCCUCGGGGUUGGAGCAAGUGAAUAAGAUGAUCAAGGAGCACGGUGACCUGUUUACCGACAGCCAGUGCAGCAUCUGCAAUGCCGUCCUCAUUUCGGAGUCCCAGAAGUUGGCUCAUUAUCAGAGUAAAAAACACGGCAACAAGGUGCGCCGCUAUUUCUCGAUCCAAAAUGAGAAGGGGCCUGAGUCGAAGAAGUUCAAGACUCCUGCAUCUGUCAAGAUGGAAACCGACGAGGAUGACCCCAUGAAGAUCUGUGACAUAUGCAAGAUGACCUUUACGUCGUCCGUGAUGGCCCAGUCUCACUAUCAGGGCAAAAUUCACGCCAAAAAUCUGAAACUCAAAAGUGCGGAUCCUCAGACUAAAGCCCCAGCGGCCGCACCGGCAGCGGCGCCCAAGAAGAAAGCGGCAGUGGACAAGACCGACAACUUGGACGACAAACACCCGAACCGCUUCUGCUCCGCCUGCCAGGCGUCCUUCAACAACGCCCAGAUGGCCGAGCAGCAUUACGCGGGCAAGAAGCACAAGAAGCAAAUGGCCAAGGUCAAACUGUUGACGCUGCACGGAAAGCCCACCACGCCAGCUGCUGCGGGCAAGGGUCUGAUGUGCAACAUCUGCAACAUUGAGCUGAAUUCUGUGGAUCAGUACCAGUCCCACAUCAGCGGGGCCAAACAUAAGAACCAAAUGAAAAAAUCUGAGAAAAGCAAGUCGGGCGACGACCCCGAAAAUGCAGAGUUAGGAGACGACAACGGCGACGAUGACCAAUGUGGAAGUGGCUACAACCAGUCCGGAAACGGCGAUUUUCAGUACGAGACGGAAGGCCAACAGUUUGAGGCGAAGGAGGCUUCUUACGAAGACACCUUCUACAACAUGGGAGAUGACGAGUUUGUGACCGAGGGCGCCCUGUUCGGGUCGGAGGACGACCAGUUCAACUCGUUGGACAGUUAGUAAGUGGGACUCUAGGACCGAGCGACUUCAGGAGGACUCUGAGCAGAACCCUACAAACAUCACAAUUCAUCGGACCUUCGCUUCCAUCAGGAGUCACACUACAAGCGUCCUCCCCACAAUUGUCCCACAACAAGCAAAACCUGAACCUCAAUCUGGACUAUCUUUUGUUUUUGUUUUUAAUAGAAUGUUAACUUUUGUUUUUGUUUUUAUAGAAUGUUAACUUUUGUUUUUGUUUACCUGCUCCAAAGUGGCAGCUUUGUGUUUUGAGCAUGCGAUCAUUUCCAGUUAAAUACCCAAAUCUGCUUCUUCCUUGUUUCCUAUCAGACCAGGUGGCCACUUUUUAUCACCUUUUCCACUGCACAGUACCAACUUUACUCCACUCGGUCUGGGCCGUUCACUGUUCAUUUGAAUAAAAAUAUACAGUAAACAUACUGUACAUACAA